CACUCGGUUAUCAGUAGUGGCGGUGCAGCGGGCUGAGGAGGGCGACCAGGCUGGGCGAGAGCAGAUCGACCAUCGGCACCACCUCGACGUGUGAUCCAGCAGCAGCGUCCCGCACAGCGUCAUGACUCCCUUCACAUCCUUCAGCACGAGGUGGGCGGCGGUUGCCUUCGUCUUGGCGGUCGCAAUACUGGCAGCACUGCCCUCAGUAUCCAGCAUACGCUGCUUCGAGUGCAACUCGGUGAAAGACCCCUACUGCCAAGACCUGAAAGCGAACGAGAGCGCCUCGCAGGCCUACCUCAAGGACUGCAAGGACACCAACAUGCCGCAGGGCGCAGAACCGUUCUGCAGGAAGAUCGUCCAGACCA